GUAUUUCUCAAAGAGGAAAUAACUACAAUAUUGGUCGAGGACGUGGGAUGCAAAAGAAACUGAAGCGUAAAGAUCGUGGACGGGGCAGGGGUGGCAACAAAGGGUCCGACGGCUUUCACGAGGAUGGCAAACCAGUGAAGAAGUGGGUGAACAUGAGCCAGGAGUUCAUAAAUCAGCACACAGUGGAACACAAAGGCAAACAGAUCUGUAAAUACUUCCUGGAAGGGAGGUGUAUUAAGGGAGAGCAGUGUAAAUUCGAUCAUGAUGCAGAGAUUGAGAAGAAGAAGGAGAUCUGCAAGUUCUACAUACAGGGUUACUGCACCAAAGGAGAGAAUUGCAUUUAUUUGCACAAUGAGUUCCCUUGCAAGUUCUACCAUACAGGAGCUAAGUGCUAUCAAGGAGAUAAGUGCAAAUUUUCUCAUGCUCCCCUGACUGCAGAGACAAAAGAGCUGCUGGAUAAGGUUUUGAAUAAUGAGGAGGAACCACAGAAUGAAGAUGAGAAAGAGCUGGAGGAGCUCCGAAAGCGUGGCAUAGUUCCUCUCCCAAAGCCACCACCGGGAGUGGGGCUUCUGCCAACCCCACCAGAGCAAUACCCCUUUUCAGAGUCUGACAUGGAAAACUACCAGGAUCCAUCAGGGGACUACAAGAAGAUCCCAUCUCUGUUUGAAAUAGUUGUAAAGCCAACUGUGGAUUUAGCACACAAGAUUGGGAAAAAGCCACCGACCUUCUACAACAGUGCAUCGCCCCCGAGGCCGCCGUUCCAGGGAAAUGACCCACAUUCCCAGCACAUGUAUAACCCAGGUUCAAGUCCAGGACCAGGACCUGGCAUGUCCCAAGGACAUAACGGGCCACCAAUGCACCCAGGUUCUCCUGGACAUCAUCCGUGUGGAGGGCCCCAAGGCCCGGGCAUGCCGCAGAGUCCUCCCAUGCAGGGUGUUCCACCAGGCUAUCUCGGACCACAGAACCAGACUGGUAUGCCUAUGCAAGGACAGCAGGGUGGUCCACCUCACACCCCUCCAGGUCUCGGUGGAUCUUACAAUGCCCCAGGAGUUCAAGGACAUAUGGUGAACAUGCCAAGAGAGAAUCACUGUCCUCCAGGGCCACAGUACCAGCAGAUGCCUGGAGAGCGGCAGCCCAACAUGAAUUAUGAGCCUAUUCAGAACGCAGCUGACUUCUAUGACAAUUACUAUUCUCACCAAGCUGUACACAACUUCCAGCCAGCCAAUAACUCUGGGGAUGGACCAUGGCAUGGAGAAUUCACAGAUCACCAGGCUCACCUCAUGGCUCAAGAGUCACAUCAAGGUGGAAGCGAGUCGGACUGCAUGAGUAGCCACAUGGGCCAUAAGCCAGCCAUGAAUGUACCAGAUUUCCUUCCAGCAAUGCAGAAAGCCCUUUAUGCAAGACUUAGUCAGAAGCAUCAGAGAGAUGGAGACUCAGUCAGCAGCCAGGGGCAGAGGGCAAUGAGCAAAGAUGAAGAUGACAAUGUCAACUGGUAUUCCAGCAGUGAGGAGGAGGAGGGGAGCAGCGUUAAAUCAAUCCUAAAAACCCUAAAGAAGCAAAGUGAAAACUUCCGGAAUCGGCAGCAACAUUCCGCAGAGCAGCACAUGCUUGGAAUUCCUACCGACCCCCGGCUGGCGAAGGAGAAGGGAGCAGGGUCCCAGGCUGCUGACCCCAGGCUGAGGGCCUCUCCCAGGUCCAACCCGCGGAAGCCUUCGGAGUCCGGGUCCGUGGACCCACGGCUCCUGCGAGAUCCCCGGAUGCACAAGGUCAGUGAGGGUGCUCACGGCAGCUCGGCCCUUGGGGGAGCAAAGCUUGACCUGCACCACGCUGGAGUCAAGGCCAAGCAGAAGGGGAUGGAUGAUGAUGAAGAGGACUCUGAGAGAGAGCUGCGGGAGCGAGCUUUCCUCAUCCCCUUGGAGCCUUUGCCCGGUGUGACGCUGAGGGAUCCGCGAUCCCAGCUCCGGCAGUUCAGCCACAUUAAGAUGGAUGUUACCCUGAUGAAGCCAAACUUUGCUAAGCAUAUUGUAUGGGCACCUGAGGACUUGCUCCCCAUACCUCUGCCUAAGCCUGACCCCGUCUCUUCAAUCAAUUUACCUCUCCCUCCCCUCAUUGCUGACCAGAGACUGAACAAGCUGCGGGGUUUGAAGAGCGAUGCCCAUGCGAGCGCGCUGCCGGCCGACCCACGCCUGGCUGCCAAGGCAAAGAACAGCCUGGCAGCCCGGGGCAGCUAUUUGGAUCUGGCUGCAGAUUCCCAUGCCAGCAGCUCCAGCAAGCUGGGAGAUCCCCGCUUACAAAAGAACGUUGAUCCCAGGCUCCACAGACUGUCGAGUGCAGACACACAUCACGGGGUCGCAAAGGACUCCUCGCACCCUGCCAAGUUUGACCCCCGCCUCGCCAGGUCUGCUGCUGGCUCCUCACAGCCCCCCGAGGCUGCCACUGCAAAGCCUGAGCCGGAUGCUCUGCCUCCCUACGCUCCCAAACUGGCAUCCAGUGGUGUGAGGCUGGGAACUCCGGGCUCGAUCCUGAGCGGUAUCAGCCUGUAUGACCCACGAGAUCACGGCUCGUCACUGGACACGGCUCCAGCUGCUUCAGGAGAGAAUGGAGAGAACCAGAAAAAGAGCAUUUUGAAAAAUUCCGGUAAAAAUGAGCCCGCCGUCCCGGAAGAUUCAUCCCUGCAGAAGGAGAAACCCCCGGAAGGAGCCGGCUCCACAGAAGCUGCUCCGGAUAAAGCAAGCAGCAGCAGCAGUAAACCUCAGGCCAAACACUCCAGCGCUGCCCCCGCGGUGCACAACCUUCCCAUCCAGGCGUUGUCGGGGCUGAUCCGACCCCAGUACAGCGACCCCCGGCAGGUCAGGCAGCCCGGGCAGGGAACUCAGCCCCCGGAGCCCGACCCCAACGGGGAGUCAGAUGAUAAGUCCUUAAAAGAUGUUUUCAAGACUUUUGACCCCACUGCUUCCCCCUUUUGUUAG